CAACCUGAAGUCUCGCGAGACACACAAUGCGCCUGCGCACUGCCGCUGGAGGGCCUUAUUCAGAGCCUCCGACCCGCUCCUAAACUCAGGGUUUUUAGAGAAACCUUCCGUCGCUCUGUCGCGACGCGCUGGGCCGACUUUCCCGUUUGGAAAUGGCCCGAUGCAGAAGAAUGAAACGUGUUCUCUGAGCCGUUCCUCCUCCCCUUCCCCCGCCCCACCGCGUCGGAAGGCGGGGCCCGGGAGGGCGUGGGCUCUGCGUACGCGCAGCGCGGCCCACGUGGAACCGGCGCAGGGACGACCGUGAGUGGGGGUCUGCGCUGGGGUCUGAGAUCCGGAGGGGCCGCUGGUGGGGAUCGAGCCUGGGACUGGGCCGGGUGCGCGCAAGGUCUCCCAGGCUCCCCGUCCCUGGGGCCGCCCCCGCCCGUACCGGCGUGUUUUCCUGCGUCCCGGCCUUGGCUCACGCUCCGCUCUCUGCCUGGAGUUGAGCGUCUGUCGGGUACGAGAAAUAGGUAAAGCCCCACCCUGGCCCUUCUGUACUCCGCGGUCUAGAAGUGGAGGCGGACCAGAAAAUGACUCCAGUCGCGUGUGUUAAGUAGUGAAGUAAGUAGGCACUCGAUAGAGAGGCGGCAGACCAUAGGAAGAGAGUAACUCGGGGGUCGGCUACCAGAUCCAGAAACUCGGAGUCCUCCCUGAGUCCUUCUUCUGCUUUACCCCGAGUUCAUCACUGAGUCGGGCGGAUUGCACCUCUUAAAUGUUUCAAGUAGCAUGCAUUUCUGUCCAUCCCCUCUGCGGCGACUCUAGCCAAGGCCACCGUCAUUUACCAGGACUACUCUGGAGCCUCUUUGCUGCUUUCGGUCGUGGCAAAGGACUCCUCCUGGCCCGAAUCGCCAAAGAUCUUUCUGUGACGCCUUUCCAGCCACGCCACUCCUCUGCUUUGAACGUUACAACCGCUUCCCACUGUAGGGUUUGCAAGUGUAUUCACCAUCUGGUCCUUCCUCGCCUUUCCCGCUCUCUCCGCUCUCUCUAGCAUCUCUGCCCCAGUGACACUGACAUCAUUUCCUUUAAUGCAGUUCCCUGGGAUGCUCUUCCGAAUAGGUACUCCCUUUGGUGUCACGUGUGGGUUAAAAGGUCACUUCCUCCGGGAGGCCCUUCCUGACCCCCUCAACUGAUCAGGAUCCUGUAGGUCCCUGACCUUAAUGUGCAUCACAUCUUAUAUUUUACUUGUGGGUAAGUCUCCCACAUAGAUUCUAAGCCCAAUGAGUUCAGUGGCUGUUUUUGCUUUAAUUCAUCAUCUUUCUGGCUUGGUGCAUUGUGGAUAAUCCACAAAUACUUGUUCAAGUAAGAAAGGUGGUGGUAGGGCUGAGGGUGGGAAUAGUUCCCCAGGCAGAGGGAAUGUGCGUAAAGCCAUGGAGGGGAAGAACUGGUGACCUCAUUAAACAGUGUGUGGUUCCAUGGUGGGGUGUAAGGAGGUAGGCUGGUGGUGACAUGGGGGCCCUUGGAUGUCACUCCAGUGAGUGUGCACUUGAUCUCACGGGCAGCAGAGGCCUCCAAAGGCACCCCAGCAAGGCCUUCCCGAUUUUCUCCUCCAAAGCUGUUACUUGUUCCACUUUGGUUUUGGAUUCUAUCCCGUGAGACUCUACUUAUCUGAACCACUUGGCUCUUGUCUCCCUCGCCUAGAUUCUGAAGACAGGAGGAGCUAAUGCCCAGAGCAGCACGUAACUGGUCUUCAGAAUGGCCGCAGCCCCCCAGGCACCAGGGAGGGGCUCUGUGCGGAAGACCAGACCUUUACCUGUGAAGACAUCAUUGAACAACCCGUAUACCAUCCGCUGGGGUGCCCUGGACAGGGAGGAUAUGCACUUCAUACUACAGACCCUGGAGGACAGGAUUAAAUCUCUCGGGCUUCAGAAGACUGAGGACAGGAAGAGAAAGAGAAAGCAGCCCGCUUUGAAAACACAAAGCGGAGACACGUGCAGCAUGGAUGUGGACACUGGUGAGGGUCUGAAGGAGGAAAAGCCAGAAGGUGAGCCCCAGGCAUCAGGGUGGACCCCUGCCGACGUCAGAAAGCAGCUUGCCAUCGGCAUCAACGAGGUCACCAGAGCCUUGGAGAGGAACGAGCUGCUCUUGGUCUUGGCGUGCAAGUCGGCCAAGCCGGCCAUCGUCACCGCGCACCUGGUGCCGCUGAGCGCCAGCAGAGGUGUCCCUGCCUGCCAGGUGCCCCGGCUCAGCGAGAGGCUCGCACCCGCCAUGGGCUUGACGUGCAUCCUGGCCUUGGGGUUCAAAAGAAACACCGCUGCGUUUGCAGAGGAAGUGAAGGCCAUCAUCCCCAGAGUCCCCCGUCUGGACGUGCCGUGGCUCCGAGACACACUUGAAGACCCCGGGGAGAACCCGGAGAUGGAGUCUUUGGAAAGCCAAGACAAAGAGAUUUUGGACACUUCCUUCGAAGACCUCCCUAAAUCCAAGAGAAAGCUUGCUGAGGGUCAGCAGGCUGCAGUGUUACAACCCCUGAAAAUAAAGAAACUGAUUCCAAACCCCAAUAAGAUAAGGAAGCCACCCAAAUGUAAAAAAACGGCUUCAAAGUAACCUUGUAUAAACCUGUCACUUCAUACAGUUGUAAAACGCCACCUCGUAGAGAAGCCGCGAAUAAAAUGACUUCUACAUAUAUUCUUGGGACACUGUUUAGUAUCAUUCCUUCCAAAUGUGUAAGAUUCUCUGACAGUAGAAUACAGAUAGGCUGAAGUUUAGGGACACUAAGUGCAGAGAAUGUUCAGCAGUAUGAGUAUCAAAACAAAAGUUUAUUGAAACUAAUGUCCAUGCUUGUAUAAUUUCCCUUUUUAAAUGGCUGGCACAAUGCUUGAGAGCAAGGACAUCUGUAUCCUGCAACACUGGACAUCUUUCUGUCCAAACUUGGCAAAU